ACUAAGAUGAAUCAAAGGCUUUUCAUGAGACGGUAAGAUAAUUAGUACGCUAGGAAAAAUGCUAACUAAUAUGUUGCUAGCAGACCGCCUAUUACAAUAUAUAAAGUAUAUAGCAUCUGAAAUAGAGAAAUGAAAAGCAUUAGACAAACAUAAGUCUAAUCUAGAUAUUAUAUAUUACAAUCGUUGCAUGCAUGGAUAUUCACGGCACAAGUCUGAUUCGACGAAACGAAUUACAGUCGAAGACGAUCAGUUGAUGAAAAUCUACAACUCGAUAUGAAAAACGAAGUCGACCAUAUUGAAGAUUUAUUUGUUCAUUUAGAACGGAUCUUUUCCAUAGGAGGAAUAUGGCCGUUCAAACAAACAUACAUCCGUUUCGCGAUUUACAUCUCGCAUUUCACUCUUUAUCUCAUUAUGGCGUAUACCGAUUUUUACGAUGCUUUUGGUAAUUUGGAGCUUAUUGUGAUGAAUCUCGUGGAAUCGAUGGUUUAUUCCAUGACGUUCCCAUUAGUGUGGCUGAUACGCUGCAGUAAUUUGCUAAAACUCCUAAUUUAUAUAAUAAAAAAGGAUAUGGUUGAACGCAAAUUCGAGAAUUUUGAAGAGGAGAGGAUUUAUUAUAAUUACAAUUUUAUAUCCAAGAUAUUCUCCUAUGGCUCACUCGUUGGCAUGUUCAUCACGGUCGUAUUGUUGUAUCUUAGACCGCUCGUGUACCUCUUGACUAUUAAUCAAGGAUGGCGAAGUCCGUGGACGAUACUUUCAAUUUGAUUCUUUUAUAUGAACUCGUUGGCCUCAGUGUUGUAUUGGCUAUUUCAUUGUAUUACGUCAUAAUGAACUUGGAUAUGGCGAAAAUAGCAACCUGCUGCACCUUUACUUUUUUUGCUCUUAUUUCGCUUGUCAUGCUCUUCGGAUAUUGUUUGACUGGUGACGAACUAACUCAACAGUGUUUAAGUGUGCAAGACGCAUACUAUGAAUGCAAUUGGUACGAAAUGCCACUCGGUUGCAAGAAAAGUCUGCUAAUUUGCAUGAUUCGGGGCCAAGUUAUGCUGUGUUUAACUGCCGGAAAAUUUUAUAUAUUUACUUUAAACAGUUUUACGGACAUUAUUAAAACUUCCUUGGCGUAUUUGUCGAUGUUACGUAGAAUUAUGUUAUGAAGAAUGGGAAAAUUUACCUACGGUUCACAAUGCUAUAUAAAUCUGUGAACUACAGAUAGAGAAAUACACUUAAAAUAUGCGCCAAGUCAACUUAUGUAUUAAUUGCCAUAAUUUACAGUAUAUACUUUUUUCCAAAAAUCGUAGUAGAUGGAUAAAAAAAUAAAAUUAAAAAACAAUA